GUCCAUUUCUUUUCUCAGAAGAGGGUUAUGGAUAUCCUGCUCAACAUCAGCGCAGCAAACCCAUUUCACGCGAUAACGAUACGAAUCAUACGAUAACGAUAACGAUACGAAGAUGUCCAGCUUAACUCUUUCUACUCGUCUGUCUCUUUUUUCCUUCCCCCUCUGACUCUUCAGGUUUCUCCAACUAAUAAUGACGCACCACGCGUUUGAAAGAUUUCAAUGAGAUCAGGUAAAAUAAACAGAUUUGCUGUUCAUUGCUGAAGUUUGCUUCGUCUCCUGUGGCCAGCUGUGCCAAACCUGAGCUUCUGCGCUGAACAGGAUGGCCACUGAGAGCUCUCUGGAGUCCACCAGCCCCACUAUGAGGACGGAUUCUGGAUUAAUGGACACUCCGACCGGCUCUGGAAGCCUGGGUAGUGGACCCAGCAAGGGAAAAAAGAACAGCUCGGGGAUGCGACGUCCAGAAAAGCCACCCUACUCUUAUAUUGCGCUCAUUGUGAUGGCGAUCCAGAGCGCACCGGCAAAGCGUCUCACCCUGAGCGAGAUUUACCAGUUCCUCCAGACGCGCUUCCCUUUCUUUCGAGGCUCUUACCAGGGAUGGAAGAACUCCGUUCGACACAAUUUAUCCCUGAAUGAAUGCUUCAUUAAGUUACCCAAAGGUCUCGGGCGCCCUGGGAAAGGCCACUACUGGACCAUAGAUCCUGCGAGUGAGUUCAUGUUUGAAGAAGGCUCCUUCCGGCGGAGACCAAGGGGGUUUCGGAGAAAAUGUGAAGUCCUGAAGCCCAUGUACCGCAUGAUGAAUGGCCUCGGCUUCACUUCCACCAUUUUACCCCAAAACUUUGACCUGCAAUCUCCAGCGUGUCACGCUAAUAGCUACAACCUGGACGUCAUGUCAGGAUCUGUGUCUGGUGGCGGGUUCGAACCCCUGAAACUUGGCCAUUAUGGACACAUGGCCAACUGUCCACUCCCGGCAAAUGGAAGCUAUGGGGCAAACAGCAGUAGCCCAGUCUCUUCUUGCCCUCCGGGGAGCUCGAUUGAAGGCCAUUCUCAGUAUUCUGGCACAGCUCACCAUUGGCCUUCAUCUCAUUACCUAAAGCGCACUCAUAUCCCUGGUAGUCCAGGGUCCUCUACACAACAGCAAAGUGCACCAUCAUUUUCUUCAUCCUACUCCAUGGAACAAACCUAUCUGCAGCCAAGCAGCAGACACAGUGCAGACAUGACAAUGGGUGUAUCUUGCUAUCAGGCCCAUUCCACUCCUGUGGAUGAACGGAAGGACUUUAUGUUAAAUCUCAGUGGACUCGGAUCUCUCCAUCCGUCUGCUAGUGGAUAUUAUUCUCAUCACCAUCCCCAUUACAGUCAGCAGCAGCAUGUUCACCCGAGUGUUCAGCAGGACAUCAAGCCUUGUGUAAUGUGAAGGAGGUCAUCAAAUGAUCAUGUCUACAGACUGAACCUGAAGAUCCUGCAGUCCAACACACCCAAGCCAACCGAUCGGUUUAUUAGCAAGCCCUUAGUGUUUUGUUUUUAAUCCUUCUUUGACUUGUCCAGUGGAGGCAAUGAUGUUUAUCAGGCUGCUUUGAGGUAACUCUGUAUUAUGCUAUAGCUACAUAUUCUGUUUUGUUCUGUUCAUUCAUAAUUUCAUCCAUGGCACAAGUAUUAAGGGCAGGGGAAACAUCUAAGUUAGAUGUUAGAUGAUAACAUUGUCAGAUGAUCUAACUGAGCAGAGGAAGAACUGAGUGGAGAUCUCCUAACCAAAGAUUUAUUAUUUGAGUAAACGCACAGUCCUUGCAGAAAACGGUCACAGAUAUCAUCACUAUAAUGUCACUUUGUGAGUGUGUGUGUGUGUGUGUGUGUGUGUGUGUGUGUGUGUGUGUGUGUGUGUGUGUGUGUGUGUGUGUGU